AUGAAGAAGGGAAGCGGCGGAAGGAUCACGAGUCUCACGCUUGAAAAGAAGGGGGGAUGGGAAGGAGGGAGAGGGAGGGGGGUGGCUCGGAGAUGCGACGGGAAACGCUGCGGCUCCGGCAGCGGCGGGAUCCGGCGGGCUGACGGCGGGGGCCCGGCGAACUGGAGGGCGGCGGAGUCUCGAGUCAGUCAGAGGCGGGCGGUGGCGGCGGCUCCUCUUCUCAUUGCGCCAGGAGCAGCUGCAGGCGGCGGCUGGAUCCAGCGGCCAUGGCGGCGGCGGUGGCGGAGGCAGCUCCCUUCAGACCCCAGGCAGCGGAUCCUCGACUGCUCCCCAUACGCCGGGGACAUGGGAACCCGGCAACCAAUUCCGUCCCUCGGGGCCCCCUCCCCCGUCCGCGGCACCAGUGCGGCCGCCCUCCCGCCCCUCGCCUCUGGUCGGUGCCGGCUCAGGAAGUGUCCGCGCUUUGCCCCCAGCCCGGAACCCUGUCAGCGGCUGCGGGGCCGGCUCCUCCUCGCUUCCUUCCUUCCUUUGUCACUCGGCCCGGGCGGCGGCGGCGGCAGCGGCAGCAGCAGCACAAUCCUGCAUUCGCCCGGGUCGGGGGCUGUUCUGUGUGAGGAGCGCCGUCUGCGCAGCCGCCUAGCUCUUCCCCACUCCCCCUCCCCCCUCCUACUCGUCCUCCGCCUCCUUCCUCCCCCACCCAGCCUUACACCGCCCAGCGCCCCGCCACCCGCGUAACAGGCGUCUGGGAAUCGCCGGCCGAGCCCCGCUCCCGCCCACUUAGGCUACGGUGCCGAAGCCCGAGCGGAGCCAAUCACGGACGUCGAUUGUUUGUGGCUCCUCCCGGAAAAAGCCGAUCGACCUGAGGAACCAAUUAGGAAGUGUCGCUGGAAAUCCACGCCCAAAAAGCGGAAAAUGCCGAAAAUAGCCGAACGAAAAGAAAAUACUCGGGUUUUGAGGGGAUGAAAUGAGACAGCACCUGUGAAAACGGUUUGGAUAUUUUGAAGGCCUGCACUCAUGUAGGAGCAUGGGUGAAGAUGAUUACUGGGAGAUAGCAAGAAGAGCAAAAAGAAGUUCAAAGAGUGGCUGUUAUCUCCAGGGAGCUUGUGAUUUCAGGAGACAGACAGAGAAUGCCCACAAGAGGAGCUGCAUUCCGGAGCCAGACAGUGGGUAAGUAUGUGCUAGACAGGCGUUGGAUCAUAACUGUUGCAGAGGGAAGGUGCAGUGGUUGAAGUGUGCAGCAAAAGGCUCAUGGAGGAGGAGGAUCCCAUGC